UUCGUUUCUUGGUAACCAUAACAACAUGUACAGUGGUGCUCUCUCUCCUGCACACAACCUAAUUCGAGAGUUGCCCUUUAUAUUCUCUUUCAAAAAUAGUUGUAUUUAGCUAUUUUUUAUGACGAGCGCAUCAAUGUUAAGAAACAAGACAUCUGGACACAGAGGCUCUUCAGACAAUGGUAAAAGUGAAGAAAGGGAAGGACGAAACGUUGUUCGUUAUAAAUGUGUUCCACUAAAUACCAUAAAAGACGUCAUGCAUCAAAGACCAAACUGGAUAGAAGUUAAAGAUGAUGGAGAAUGGGACUUUAACUGGUGUGAUGUAGGCUGGCUUCGGGAGAAUUUUGACCAUGCAUACAUGGAGGAACAUGUCAGAAUAAAUCACUUUCGCAACCAUUAUGAGCUUACACGCAAAAACCUCAUGGUAAAAAACCUCAAAAGGUUCCAGAAAAACCUGGAAAAGGAUAUGGGACGUACAGAGGCGUCUAAAUGUGAUUUCUUCCCGAGCACCUUCGCAAUGCCGAGCGAAUAUCAUCUUUUUGUGGAGGAGUUCAACAGAAAUCCUGGCAGCACCUGGAUCAUGAAGCCUGUUGCAAAGUCCCAAGGGAAAGGGAUUUUUCUGUUCAGGAAACUGAAAGAUAUCAUUGACUGGAAGAAGGAUCGUUCCCGCUCAGAGGAGCAGAAGGAUGCAGCUCAUUUGGAUAGUUAUGUAGUACAACGCUAUAUAGAAAAUCCCUACCUGAUUAAUGGUAGAAAGUUUGACCUGAGAGUUUAUGUCCUUGUUACUUCGUAUGUUCCUUUAAAAGUCUGGCUUUACCGAGAUGGCUUUGCCCGCUUCUCAAGCUCUCGCUUCUCUCUCAGCACCAUUGAUGACAAGUACAUGCAUCUCACUAACGUCUCUGUUCAAAAAACAGCACCGGACUAUGACCCUGAAAAGGGGUGCAAAUGGCAGAUGCAGCAGCUCCGAAGAUACUUGACUGCAAAGUAUGGCAGAGAGGUGGUUGAAACCCUCUUCGGAGAGAUGGAUAACAUCAUCAUCCGAAGCCUCCAGAGUGUGCAGAAAGUCAUCAUAAAUGACAAGCACUGCUUUGAGCUCUACGGCUAUGACAUACUGCUGGAUCACGACCUCAAACCGUGGCUAAUUGAGGUGAAUGCCUCUCCAUCACACACACCCAGCAGUCAAGAGGAUUACGAGAUGAAGUACGGCCUGCUGGAGGACACUUUAAAUGUUGUUGACAUGGAAGGAAGGCUGACCGGUCAGGAGAAGAGAGUUGGAGGUUUUGAUCUCAUGUGGAACGAUGGCCCCGUUUACACAGAGGACCUCAACUUACAAACCUUUGGCAGCUUGUGUUUUACUGCCAACACACAUUUGGGUGAGCCCUGUAUACACUCCUCCAGCAUGGAUAGAGGCUGGUAUAUUGGACAUGAGAGGAUAAUCCCUUCAAAAUUGGACCCGCCGAUGUCGAGCCAGCCCGGAGUCUCAAGGCCCUGCAUAACAAUUAAGGUGACUGAAAUGCUUCAAGCUGACAAACCCAAUACAGCAAAGAAGCCUGUCCUGAUUCGACCACCAAGCCCAAGGACGUCUCUGCCGAAAGAAAAAGAUUGCCAGCAUUUCCUGUCUUGUGAGCCAACACCUAAACCCAUCAUUCGACAACGAUCGCGCUCCCUACCUUCUCCUUCGGAGAAGAAAAGAAGGAAACGCAGGAAUGCUGGCGUGCGGUUUGUAGAUUCGUUAGGACUGGACCUGGAAGAUGUCCGGCUUUUCAAAUCAGGAGAAGAUCCUUUUGUACCACACCACGUCACUUUUAGACUGUUGAUGGGAGCUGAGAUGGCCGACGGAAGGCAUUUGGAGAUCUCCUUGCCAUAUCUGAAACCAGUUUUUGCCCAGCAACCUGGUGAUCAGCCAGAUUUUCUGCAUCGACUUUAUCAACAGAAAGUGUGUCUGGAGAAAAUUCAGUGCUUUGAAUUGGGCAUUGUUGGAAUCACUCAAGUGGUAAAUUUGCACUUUGAAAAGGAUGUCAGGGUUCGAUAUUCUUUUACAGAAUGGAAGGGUUACACAGAAACAAAGGCAUCUUGGGUUUCUACGAUCACCAAAACCUUAGAAAAACAGCAGUUCAGUUGUGAUGCAUUUCGUUUUCAUCUGCCGGUCCCUCCUUUCCUACAGCCAGGAUCAGUGUUGGAAUUUGCCAUUAAAUACAAGGUCUGUGGGACUGAACACUGGGACAACAACAAUGGAGAAAAUUAUAAAUUAGUUUGCCAUAACUACAAACUCACUGUGCCUAAAGAAUGUGAGGAGAGCAUACUUCAUUUUAUCUAGGAUGCACUUUUAGGACAAAAGCUCUAAGGUCUAAGCAAUAUAUUGUAUGGAUCAUUUUAAAUAUUUAUUGAGAAUGACUUGCAGAUUUAGUUUAUAAUGUUCAUAAUUUAGAUCUAAUUUAACUUAAGCACUUUGGUAGAAAAAGCAGUUGGGCAGUUUAAAAGAUGCACUCAAUUAUUUCAAUUUAUUAAACUUUAACUACACUGAACACUUAUAAUUAUGCAAUGCUAAUUUUAUUAUGUUGAAUACAUGUUGUUCAAAGUGUUUUUCUUUUUAUUGCUUGUUUGUUUUCAGUUGAAUUGAAUCUUUAAAUGGCCAAAAUGCAAUAUUUGACUUUCAUGUAUACAUAUAUGUGUCAAAUACAAGGAUGAUUUGUCUUUUAAUUUGCUUAUUUUGUAAUUCAUUUUUUGUUGUUUUUGUUUGUUUUGUUUUAGGUUUUAUAAGUUUUUGCCCCAUUUUAAAGAAGAUAGUCUGAAAAUAUUAAUUUUAAUGCUACUUUGUUAAUCUGAAAAUGGUUUGUAUUCAACAAACUGUAGCUGUCUUUGUUUCCUUUUUAACUGUGUAUUAAGUGUAUUAAGUUUUUCUAAAAAUAAAAAAUAAGUUUUCU